AUGGGAGCAGAGUGCCCAGUUGCUCACGCCGGCAACAUCGACCGCAAGCGUGUCCCCGCUGCCGGCUUCGGUACCAAGAACAGCGAUUGGUGGCCUAACGAGCUCAGGCUCAACAUCCUUCGCCAGCACCAGGCCAACUCGGAUCCUUUCCGCGCCCAUUUCGAUUACGCUGCCGCCUUCAACAGCCUCGACUAUGACGCCCUCAAGAAGGAUCUCCACAACUUGAUGACCGACUCCCAGGACUGGUGGCCAGCCGACUAUGGCCACUACGGCGGUUUCUUCAUCCGUCUCGCAUGGCACGCCGCCGGCACCUAUCGUGUUCAGGACGGCCGUGGCGGUGGAGGUGAGGGUCAGCAGCGAUUCGCUCCUCUCAACUCCUGGCCAGACAACGGUAACCUCGACAAGGGACGUCGUCUCUUGUGGCCCCUCAAGCAGAAGUACGGUAACAAGAUCUCUUGGGCCGACCUCUUGCUUCUCUCCGGCAACGUUGCGCUCGAGUCGAUGGGAUUCAAGACUUUCGGUUUCGCCGGUGGUCGCGCAGACACCUGGGAGGCCGACGAGUCCACUUACUGGGGUGGCGAGACCACCUGGCUCGGCAACGAUGUUCGUUACGAGCAGAGCAACCCCAAGGACCUCAAGAACCGUAACCUUGACGGUGCCCUUGCUGCCUCGCACAUGGGUCUCAUCUACGUCAACCCUGAGGGUCCCAACGGCCUGCCUGACCCGGCCGCCGCUGCCAACGACAUCCGAACCACGUUCGGCCGUAUGGCGAUGAACGAUUACGAGACCGUUGCUCUUAUCGCUGGUGGUCACACUUUCGGUAAGACCCACGGUGCUGGUGACCCUGGCCUUGUCGGUCCCGAGCCCAACGCUGCUCCUAUCGAGGCUCAGGGUCUCGGAUGGGCUAGCAAGUACAAGUCUGGUAAGGGCCCUCACGCCAUCACUUCGGGCACCGAGGUCAUUUGGACCAGCAAGCCUACCGAGUGGACCAACCUCUAUCUCGAGUACCUCUUCAAGUUCGACUGGGAGCUCACCAAGUCGCCCGCUGGUGCCAACCAGUGGGUUGCCAAGGACUCAGAUGCCAUCAUCCCCGAACCCUUCGACCCUACCAAGAAGCGCCGCCCAACCAUGCUGACCACGGAUCUGUCGCUUCGCUAUGACCCCGAGUACGAGAAGAUCUCGCGUCACUUUCUCAACAACUUUGACGAGUUUGCUGAUGCCUUUGCUCGUGCUUGGUUCAAGCUUCUUCACCGUGACAUGGGUCCUCGUUCUCGAUGGCUCGGUCCCGAGAUCCCCAAGGAGACGCUUAUCUGGGAGGACCCCGUUCCGCCUGUCAAGCACGCUCUCGUUGACAACCGCGACCUUGCUGGUUUGAAGCAGGCCAUUCUUGCCGCCGGUGUCGAGCCCACCAAGUUGCUCAACGUUGCUUGGUCUUCGGCUGCCAGCUACCGUGACUCGGACAAGCGUGGUGGCGCCAAUGGUGCCCGCGUCCGUCUUGCUCCCUUGAAGGACUGGGAGGUCAACAACCCUGCUGAGGUUGCUGAGGUUAUCAAAGCCCUCGAGGGUGUUCAGCAGCACUUCAACUCUUCCAGCCAGGGUGGCAAGCAGAUCUCGAUCGCCGACCUUAUCGUCCUUGGCGGUAACGCCGCUCUCGAGAAAGCUUCCGGUCUUGCGGUCCCCUUCACUCCUGGCCGCACCGAUGCCUUGCAGGAGGAGACCGAGAGCGAGACUUUCCAGUGGCUCCGACCUACCGCCGAUGGUUUCCGCAACUACGGCCAAUCGAGCGAGCAUGUUCGGGCUGAGCAGUACCUUGUUGACAAGGCCAACCUGCUGACCCUAACCCCACCCGAGCUCACCGUCCUCAUCGGUGGUCUCCGUGCUCUCGGCAUGAACUGGGACGGCUCGUCGCACGGUGUCCUCACUCACCGACGUGGUCAGCUCACCAACGACUUUUUUGUCAACUUGCUCGACAUGAGCACCGAGUGGAAGGUCGCCGACGGUGGCAAAGCCGAGCUCUUCGACGGUGUUGAUCGCAAGUCGGGUCAGAACAAGUGGACCGCUACCCGAGCUGAUCUCAUCUUUGGUGCACAGGCCGAGCUUCGUGCUCUUGCUGAGCACUACGCUCAGCCUGACAACGGCGAGAAGUUUGCCAAGGACUUUGUUGCCGCUUGGAACAAGGUGAUGAACUUGGACCGUUUCGACGUCAAGACGAACAAGAUUGGCCUUGCCAAGUUCUAA